GUUUUUUUAUUUUACUAAUUGUAUAUCCGGGUUUAUGACAGCAGCGAUCAUGGUUUAGACUGUUUAGAUAGUAAAACCUAAAGUGGAGAUUAGCUUGAUCUAAUGUUUAGGACUCUUUUUACAUAAAGACAUGGGUACCCCAGUGAAGGAUGUCAUAAUUCCUGACAGUGCACAGAAGACUCUGCUGCUUCAGAAACAUGCUGAUUAUAUAGCAGCUUAUGGAGCCAAGAAAGAUGACUAUGAAUACUGUAUAACAGAGUAUUUACGGUUGAGUGGGAUGUAUUGGGGGCUGACUGCGAUGGACCUGAUGAAACAGCUAGAUAGAAUGAACAAGGAGGAAGUUCUCAAGUUUAUCCAGCAGUGUCAGCACGAGUGCGGGGGGAUAGGUGCCAGUAUAGGUCAUGACCCCCACCUCCUGUACACACUGAGUGCAAUACAGAUACUGACAAUGUAUGAUGCUGUAGACGUGGUGAACACUGAUAAAGUUGUAGAGUUUGUCAUCUCACUUCAGCAGGAGGAUGGCAGUUUUUAUGGAGAUAAGUGGGGGGAAGUAGAUACUCGAUUUUCAUUCUGUGCCAUUGCGUGUCUUGCUUUACUGAACAAAUUAGAUGCAAUAGAUGUGGAAAAAGCUGUAGAAUUUGUACUAACUUGUAUGAACUUUGAUGGUGGGUUUGGUUGCCGGCCUGGAAGUGAGACCCAUUCUGGACAAGUCUAUUGUUGUGUGGGGAUGUUAGCUAUAACUGGCAGACUGCAUCAUGUGAAUGCUGACUUGUUAGGAUGGUGGUUGUGUGAAAGACAACUCCCCUCAGGGGGACUUAAUGGACGACCUGAAAAGUUGCCAGAUGUGUGUUACUCAUGGUGGGUGCUAGCCUCUCUUAAAAUAAUCGGAAAACUUCACUGGAUAGACAAGGAUAAGUUGAUUCAGUUUAUUUUGGCCAGUCAAGACGAGGAGACAGGAGGGUUUGCUGACCGCCCCGGGGAUAUGGUGGAUCCCUUCCACACCCUGUUUGGGAUUGCGGGUCUAUCAUUGUUGGGGGAUGACCGGAUUAAACCAGUGAAUCCAGUAUUUUGUAUGUCCGAGGAAGUACUUCAAAGAGCAGGCAUUAGAGUAGAACUGUUGUAAAAAGAACGGUACUACAAAGCCAGGGUUAUAUACAAGCAUCUUCUGUGAUACUGCAUUCGACGCUGAAGGUUACAUCUGUUCAAGACAUUGGUAGAAAAAUAAAAACCAAGACUGAAAGAAAAACAGGCAACCCUUAAGCAGACUGAGGUGUUAAUGAUGAGUUAUAAGGGAAGAUUUUGAAAAUUUUAUUUAUGUUUUGAUAAUACAUGUAAUAGUUUCAGCAGGGUUUCUAGGACAUAAAAUACUCCUCCCUGCCUGGAGUGGAGGAUCAGGGAUUUAUAUACAGGUAUAUACUGUGUUGCUGGGAGCCUCCUUCAGUUGCAUUUAUUCACAAAUACAUUUUUGAAAGAAUUAGUGGGAAUAUUGAGGAUAGAGUUAAGACUUCGUGGAUAGGUUGGAAAAAAAUAAACUGUAUUGUUUUAUGUUAUUAUGUCGUGUACACUAUUGGAUGUGAGGGAAUGUAUUGUGUACAGGGAAAUUUUCAUCCAUUUCUCGGAAUCUCCACAGGUCGAAUUUAUCAUAUUGCUCUAAUGUAGCAAUGAUUAAGGGGAGGGGGGAGUUAGUGAAUAUGAUAGUUCAUUUUAAGUGACAAUAGCAACAAUGCAAUCACGUUGUAACAGGAAGGGGGAAAAUGCAAUGGACCAGAAUUGGAUUUGAACACAGACCCCAAAUUUUUUAGAAAGGUGCUCUGCCAACUGAGCUAUCUGGUCAUCAAUGAUUAAAUACGGCUGACCACCACAUCCCUUCUUUAUUAAAUGUCUUCACCCUCGAAGACAAUCAUUCCAGGAUGAUUAAUACCCCAUAGCAGGCCUCUCACAUGUCAGUUCCAGGAGCUGACAUUACCAAAAUAAAUAGUUUGGGGCAAAUCUGACAGCCCAUUGUAGGUAACAAUACCAACAGUGCAAUCAUGAUUUUAAAACAGGAUGGGAAAAAAAAUUAAUGGUUCAGACAGGGAUUCAAACCCAGGCUCACUGAAUCUCCAGUCAGGUGCUUUAUCAACUGGUAAUCAAAGCCAUCUGACUGCUAUAUUGAUGAAGAAAUCUUCAUACAUAAACAGGGUGGAUUUGUUUUCCUGUGUGUCUUGGUGUAGAUUUUUAUGUAUUAUUACUAUACAUUAACCUUUCUUAGUGAGGUAUAUGUAUUACUACACAAUUUGUCAGUUACAAUUACUGUUUAUAUCAAUGUAAUAAUGUAAAAUAAAAUUACUGCAUUCA